CCCCCUCCCCCGCCCGGGCUGUGGCGCGCGCGCUCGCUGGCUCUCCCUUCAUUUUUUUCUCCCCUCCCUCCCAGCCUCUCUCUCUCCCUCUCUCUCUCUCUCUCUCUCCCCCUCGAGCUCUCGGCUGCCCGCGGCUCCCUCGCGCUGUCCCUCUCUCUCCGGUAGGCUCCACCGAGCGAUGCGAGCGUUGGGAGACAGCGACGUCGCCUCCCGCUAGAGACCUGCCCCCCGGCCCGGCCCCCUGCCCAGCCCUGCCCUACGCGCGGGGGUCGGCGAAGGCGCCGCGGACGCACCGACGGCUGAGGACUCGCGAUGCACAUGCACUAGCAGCACCCCCUCACUCACUCCCUCCACACCCCGCGCCGCCGCCGCCUCCUCCUCCUCCGGCAGCAGCGGCAGAAGGACCCACCCUGCCCCCCACCCCACCCUCCGCUGGCUCCGGCUGCGGCUCCUGCCUCAACUAUUAUUUUAUUUAUUUUGGGUCGUGCACAAGCCUCAGUGCCUGCAGCCCGCGCCUCCUCGGACCGUGGGCGCCUCCUCCCUCGGCCCCGGAGCCCCAGACCCCGGCCACCUUCGCCUCGACACCCCUAGAGCCCGCCAGCUGCCGCGAGCCUCCGCUGCUGGAAUCUUGUUAGCGGCUGUCUUUUUGGGGGGUUCUGGUUUCCCGACAUUUUUGUUUUCAGCCAAGGGAAGGAUAUCGUGGUUUUUUCCCCUUUGAGCCCAGGCUCUGCUCUCUGGGGGGGUGGGGGGCGCGCCGAGCCGGGGAGCCGUGCCAGCCGAGUCGUGCGGGCUGUGGCAGGGAAGGGGCCACCAUGGGAUGUACUCUGAGCGCAGAGGAGAGAGCCGCCCUCGAGCGGAGCAAGGCGAUUGAGAAAAACCUCAAAGAGGAUGGCAUCAGCGCCGCCAAAGACGUGAAAUUACUCCUGCUGGGGGCUGGAGAAUCAGGAAAAAGCACCAUUGUGAAGCAGAUGAAGAUCAUCCACGAAGACGGCUUCUCGGGAGAAGAUGUGAAGCAGUACAAGCCCGUUGUCUACAGCAACACCAUCCAGUCCCUGGCAGCCAUCGUCCGGGCCAUGGACACUUUGGGCAUCGAAUAUGGUGACAAGGAGAGAAAGGCUGACGCCAAGAUGGUGUGUGACGUGGUGAGUCGGAUGGAGGACACCGAGCCCUUCUCCGCAGAACUGCUUUCCGCCAUGAUGCGGCUCUGGGGUGACUCAGGAAUCCAGGAAUGUUUCAACAGGUCUCGGGAGUAUCAGCUCAACGAUUCUGCCAAAUACUACCUGGACAGCCUGGAUCGGAUCGGGGCCGCCGACUACCAGCCCACCGAGCAGGAUAUCCUCCGAACCAGGGUCAAAACCACUGGCAUCGUAGAAACCCACUUCACAUUCAAGAACCUCCACUUCAGGCUGUUCGACGUCGGGGGCCAGCGAUCUGAACGCAAGAAGUGGAUCCACUGCUUUGAGGACGUCACAGCCAUUAUCUUCUGCGUCGCGCUCAGCGGCUACGACCAGGUGCUCCAUGAAGACGAGACCACGAACCGCAUGCACGAGUCCUUGAAGCUGUUCGACAGCAUCUGCAACAACAAAUGGUUCACAGACACGUCCGUCAUCCUGUUUCUGAACAAGAAGGACAUAUUUGAAGAGAAGAUCAGGAAGUCCCCGCUAACCAUCUGCUUCCCCGAAUACACAGGCCCCAAUGCCUUCACAGAAGCCGUGGCUUACAUCCAGGCCCAGUACGAGAGCAAGAACAAGUCUGCCCACAAGGAGAUUUACACCCACGUCACCUGCGCCACCGACACCAACAACAUCCAGUUCGUCUUUGACGCCGUGACGGACGUCAUCAUCGCCAAAAACCUGCGGGGCUGCGGCCUCUACUGAGCGCCCGCCUCACCCACCGGCUGCCCACCUCCCCGCCCGGCUGCCGCCCCACCCCUGCCCUGGAACCAGAGCGCCGCCACCGCUCACACCGCUCUGCACUUGACAGCGAAGCACCUGCAGCCGGCGCCGAGGAGGGAGGAGGGCACAGCCGCCAGGGGCCACCGUCCCCCAGACAUCAGAACACGUGGUAACCCGGGGGCCGGGCCGGGGGGCUGAUUGCCCGCGCCGCUGGCCUCCACUUCAUCGCUGAGUGUUUUGUCCUGGGGAGGGCGGUGGCCGCCGUUUGGCCCAGAGCGGGCAUGCACUACACUCGCUGACUCACACUCGAAGCUGCACGGUCUCCUCCUGUGUGGGGUGGCUCUGGGGGGCACGGUGCUGGCCGGCGUGGGGCCAGCGGGAGCCACCGCUCAGCUUUUUCUGGGGUCUGUCUGGUUGAGGGCGGCUCCGUCACCAAAAGCCAGGGUGGGACCAGCCCAAGCGCGUGUGGGUCCCAGGGCUGGACCUUGGCGAGUGCCUCCCGCCUUCCGCCUGGAUCUCAGCCCCCAGGCACAAGCCCUUUCUAAUCUGGACCAUCCUUCCUUGCACGCCCCUGGGGGUGGCCGUGGCCUUCCUGGGGACCCCCAGCCCUGACUCCUCAUAGGUCUGGAGACGCUUCUGAGACUGACGCAUUGCAAAGGCACGUGGUUGAGGGUGGAGGGGUCAAGUCCCGCGCCUGGACAGAGGUCCAGGAAGAGGUGGGAGGCGGCGGAGGAGGGGAGGCGGAGGGGAAGUUGCUCUGGUGUUGUCUGGGGUAGGGCCUCACACCCAGGGCUUGCGGGCUCCAGGGUGACCCGUUCACUUUCUCCCAUCACCUGCUCCAGAAUGUGAGUAGACAGGCUUUUCUGUCCCGAGUUCACAGUGAAUCCAGCUCAGCAAGGGCAGGCAGGGCCCUUCACGCACCGUGUUCUGAGGCUGGGGAGGCCCAGGGGAGGGGUUGAUGUGGCCCCUGCAGCCAAAGCCCCAGGUUCCUCUGUCUUGGUGGAGAAACCAGGGUUUGUCCAAAGCCCGUGGUGUCCUGCCAGGCCUCAGGGGCAGAGGAGGACGGGCAGAUGGGACUACCAGGCUGGAAUGUACGCUGUGACGGGGACCCAUGCUGGCUCAGACACGUACCCAGUCCCCCACCCUUUUCUGGAAAGAGAGUCCUAGGAUGCCUUAGAGGGGCUUUGCUACAGAGGUUCCUAAGCAGAAAGGAGUGGGGUGACUUGCUAACCCAGGCCCCGGCUGGCCUCGGGCAAUCAGCACACCUCUCUCUCACACCCAGGAGCUUCCAGUGGGCCAAUGCCAUCAGCCAACGCCCCAGGCAGGCCCCGUGUGCUUGCACGGCAGGCUCUGCCUGGGGAAUCGGAUGUGCCCCUGGAGAGGCCUCUGGCUCCUUCCUCCAGCCCUCUGCUCUCCCAGCCUCCACUCUGGGCUCUGGUCCUGGACUCUGAGUGCAGCCCCCUGGACUGCCCCAGAGCCGGGAAGAGCCCCGUGCCGACAGCUCUGGGCUUCUUGGUUCCAGCAGGGAUGGCGUUCUGGCUGGUGCAUGGGGGCCCAGGGCAUACCCCUUAAUGCCAAAUGCCUACAGGGAGGGGUGCCACCAGUAAGCCCCCCCCCUCCAUGGUCUGGCUCUUACUUCUGCCCCUGGCCUCCUGCGGAAUCACUAGGUGGACGGGCUGCAGGAACCGCCCCUCCAGCCCAAGUGCACCUCAGUGUUGCUUGCCUUGUUGGGUGCGAAGCACCUUGUACCAGGUGCUGGGGCCCGUGGCCCUCUCAUCUAGCACGAGGAGGCAGGAGGGGCAGGUCGCUCGGGCCUUUCUGCUCUCCUGUGCCCUGGGCCGCCCUGCUGCUCACAGAGCUCCCGCCAUCCCACCCCGCCUGCCACAGGGGUCCUGGCUGUCUAGUAGGAGCCCACAGGGAGAAGGUAUCCGGGACGAAUGUCCCUCCCUGUCCACUGCAUCUCCCAUCCACGUCGUUCCCAGCGGCAUCACCGUGGGGAGGGAUGACGGAGGGUGACAGAUGAGUUUUGGCUCCGUCGCGGGUGUGGGUGUGAGGGGAAGAGACUGAGAGUGCGAGAGACCAGACAGGUGGGUCUCUUGUCCACGGUGGCCCCGUGCAUGUCCCCAAAAGGACCAUGCUUAAAGUCUGUGAAUGGCUCUAAUUUAGGGGGUUAAGGAGAAACUGGAUUUCUCGGAGGAGCGCCUUUGCCAAACCCAUGACAAUUGUGCCUGCCGUCUAGAUGCCUGUGGGCAAGUUCUGUGCCCCCGCACUGUUUGCCCUAACAAAAGCCCAGUCUUGGCCCUCCUACCGAGAACUGAGAGGUCCCCAGCCCUCUCUGGCCUGACUGGCGGGAGCAGUGCCUGAGGCCAAGUAGGGGCUCUGUUGAACCUGUGCAUUCUGGCCUGAGGCGGGUGUGGGCUCUGCACCAGCCCUGAGCAGAAAGCACAGCUCUGGGUCCCUGGCCGACAGCUGUGACAUUCUGGGGUCCUCGGCCAUCUUCCAUGGAGGCCUUAGAUGCCCGGGGCCUUGGCCCCUUCCUCUCUCCCAUCUCUGGCCCCGAUGGAGCCUGCGGGCCUAUGGCCAUGUGCUCCUACCCAGGAGUGGUGGCAGAGCCCAGGCAGGAGGCCACCACCCCCUCUCCCCCCAGCCAGCUCCACACCCCACUGCGGGAACUGGAGACACCCAGGCCCUCCACGACCAUACUGGGCAACAGAGAGUCUCCCACCAGGGACACCCCCCUGCCACGAGACCCCUCGUAGGCAGGCUGUCUGUAAACCCCCAACAGGGAAGGCCCGGGAGUCCUGUCACCGAGGCCCUUCCCUUCUGCCGGGAUGAGCCCUGCUAGGAGGGGCUGCCCCAGGAGUGCUUACAGUUAUCCCCCCCGCCCCAGGCCGAUUCACAAGUUUUUCCUGCCCCUGCCUCCCUUCUUGACCCUCCCUCUUUCCACCUGGCCUCACUCAGAGAGCUCUUUAACCCUCCUGGGAAGUAAACCCACCUGACUCAGCCCCUGCUCCAGACCAGGUGGGGUCUAUCCAGCCCCCUUUGAGAAGCCAGGCACACAAAGCCUCUUCUGGCUGUGUCUGUUCUUCUCUGAGCCUUCUGGAAGUGAUUAGGGGGUACCUGGCCGCUUUCAGGCACGGAGGCCCGAGGCUCUGGCUCUGUGGCCACCGUGGAUUCAAUCUGGGGUGCCAGUGGUGAACACCCACAGCCAGUUCCCCCGUGUCCGCGCCCAAGCCUAUGGAUCGAAGGAUCCCAGUGGCCCAGGGCGGUGGGACGGGACACAAUACACAGACCAGGGAACAGGGCCAAGGUGGGCACUGCCCCCUCCGACUCCCCACCCGCAGUGAGGCUAGUCCUGAGCCACCCCGCCCAGAGAGCACAGUGCGGCCUUUGCCCUGGGGCUCCGGGGCUCCAGACAGACCCCACCCCAGCCAGACACACGGCCCUGUCAAGGGAGGGCCAGGCUGGGACAGAAGCAGAAAGAGGCCUUCAAGUCCAAAGUCCUGGGCCCUCCUGUCAGAGACGGGUGUCCCUCUGGAGGGGAAGCGCUCAGCCCCAGGCCCAGUGCUCCAGGACCACCGGCGGGAGCCCACACCCCUUUCUCAGCACUGCUGUGACCCGUUCUUUCCUCCCCUCCCCACCCCCAUCCUCCUGCCCCUGCUCUUCUCCUGGCUCAUCCCCACCCCAGGCCUCCUCCCCAUGCUCCCACCCCUGUCCCAGGCAUAGGGGAGCCCGGCCGCUGCUCUCCCUCCUUAGCAAGCCUCCCCGAGGUGCAGCGGCCCCACGUCCCAGCCCCACCACCGCCCACCCUACAUUAACUGUAAUUUUGUAAGAGGAGUGACUUGUUGGUUUAAUAAAUCUCUAGUUAUUGUAAUAAUU